AUGAGAAUCAAAAAUUAUUUGAAGCCAGUUGUUGGUGCACUUUUAAUAAUCUUUUUUAUACUCACAACUUAUUAUUAUUGGACAAAUUCUGAGGAUUGUAAAUUAUUAAGUUAAUUAGAUGUUUCAAAUAUUUUUCCGCCUUAAGUUGAUAAUGACUUAAAAUUUUUCUCUAAAAAUGUAUGUGAAAAUGUUACAAAAGCAGAAGUAUUUUCAGAUUGGAAAAAAAUAAAUGAAUAAGCUCUAUAACUAAACGAGAGAUAUUCUUCUGAAUUAUUAAAAAAGGCCUCCUUUGUUAUUGAAUAGCUAAAAAAGAACCAACAAAUUUAUACUUAAUCAUAAGGUUGAUCUAUCAUAAUAUUUAUUAGGUGAGGGUUAAUAAUUUUAGUAUUACUCAAAAAAUCUUAAAGAGUGUGUAAAUCGAACUAAAAUAUCUAAAUUGGAAUUGGAAGAUAUAAAAAAUAAAACCCAAUAAAAUAUAGAUCAAGAAUAGUUAGCAAUAUAGGAAAUUAGUAAAAGUAUCUCUACGCACUAAAAUAGAGUAAAAAAUAAAAAUGAUAUUUUAGUCAAAAGUUUUAAAAGGCUAAUAAUUAGAGAAAUAACAAUCAUUGGAUAAUUUAUUAGAUACUUUAAAAGGAUUGCUAGAUUAAAAAGACAGACUUUUAAGAAGUUAUAAAAAUGAAACAGAAUUAGAAGAAUAUUAAAAAGAGCUGGAAGAAAAAAUAUAUUAUAUCACUAAGGAAAUGGCUGAAUAAGAAUAAAAUAUAACAGCUUCUAAAUAAAUGAUAUAAGAAUAGUAAUAUAAAUUUAAUGAAAUCAAUUAGAAAUUUGAGAAAGUGCAAAAUUAACUUCAUGAUCUUAAAUCAGUAAAAAUUUCCACUAAUUUUUUUAGCUAGAAUAAUAUUUUAGUUAGGAUGAUUUAUAUAUAAAAGAAGAUCAACCCAUUAUAGAAGUUAUUUAAGAAUACUCUAAAGUAUUAGCUGAUAGAAGGGAGAAUUUAAAAAUAUUAGCUGAGAAAGAAAAAGAUCAAAUUUAAAAGCAAAAAAAUAUACAAGCUUUAAAUGAGAUAAUAAAGGCUUAAUAGAUUUCAUAUUAAAUGUACAGUAGCUUGAAAGAUAUUAAAUUUCAUUGUAAUCAAGAUGAUUGCAUUAUAGGAACAUCUCUUGAAAAUUUCAAACUUUCAGAUUUAAAAGAAGAAAUUUUUAAAAAAUAGAGUAAUUAAUGAUCUAAUAUUAGCUUAUUUCAAUCAAAUUUAUUCAGAAAAAUAAUAAAUAGAAUUUAUUUUACAAAAGUUAAUGUAAUUAUUAGAAGAUUAAAAUUCAUACCACCAAAUCAAUAAAUAAAAAUUAAAUAAACUUAUUGAAAACUAAAAUUUUUUAAACGUAACUAAAAACAAGUCAGAAGAACUUUCAAAAUUAAAUAAAAAAUAUGAUGAACUAGAAAAAUAAAGAAAAUAACUUUAAGCUGAAGUUGACAAUUUGAUUGAUUAAGCCAAUGAUUAAUAACAUCAAAUUGAAAAUGAAGUUGAAAAAUAUAAUAAUAAAUAAAUCACAAUAGAGAGUUUGAAACUAGAUAGAAAUUAAAAACUAAAUGAAAAAAAUUAAGAACUUUAUUUAUAAGUUAAGGAUUGUAUAAAGUAAAAAAAGAUAUAUGAAAAUUUCGAAUAAAAGUAAUCCAAUUUAAUAGAGAAAGCAAAUGAAAUUAAAGCAGUAAUUCAAACAGAGGUUUAAUAAAUAGAAUCAAUUUUAAACGAAUAUAAAGUUACUUAUAAAGAUUUACAUCUGCAAUAAAAUUAUGAUAUUUAAAGUAAAAAAGAUUUAUGA